GAUUCUUUGAAAUUAUCUUAAUUCUUCUCAAGUUUUUAAAAAAUUCCAAAACUUAUUUAAACUACAAAUCUUUUGAGAAAAACCGUCCAUCAUGAGUUGUGUAGAAAUUGUAGCAACUUUUGGAUCAAUUCUUUUAUUGAUUACUACUCUUCCGUUUUCGCUAUUUUGGUGUUUUAAGGUAGUACAAGAAUAUGAGAGAGCAGUCAUAUUUAGAUUGGGUCGAGUGAGAACAGGAGGAGCUAGAGGACCGGGAAUUUUUUUUGUUUUGCCAUGUUUAGAUAGUUAUGUUAAAGUGGAUCUCCGGACUAUAUCUUUUGAUGUACCACCACAAGAGGCUUUAACAAAGGACUCGGUGACCGUCACAGUCGAUGCUGUAGUUUACUACAGAAUUCAAGAUCCUCUAAAUGCUGUAGUGAAAGUUACUAAUUACAGUAAUUCUACAAGACUCCUUGCAAUGACUACCCUCAGGAAUAUUCUUGGAACCAGGAGCCUUGCAGAAAUACUUUCAGACAGAGAAGCCAUAUCUCACGCCAUGCAAACAUCAUUAGAUGUAGCUACAGAUCCGUGGGGAGUGAAAGUUGAACGAGUUGAAAUUAAAGAUGUUAGUUUACCGCAACAACUCCAAAGAGCUAUGGCAGCUGAAGCUGAAGCAUCUCGAGAAGCCAGAGCAAAAGUUAUUGCAGCCGAAGGAGAAAUGAAAGCAUCCAAAGCCUUGAAGGAAGCUUCUGAUGUUAUAAAUGAAAGUCCAGUAGCCCUACAGCUCCGCUAUCUUCAGACUUUGAACAACAUUUCAGCCGAGAAGAAUUCUACUAUAGUAUUUCCUCUUCCAAUAGACCUCAUCAGCUUCUUCAUAAAUUCUAAGUGUACUAAUUCAAGGCCUUCAGAUAAUGACAGGUCGAAGUAUGUGCAAUAACCAAAAAAUAUCGCUCAGAUAUUUAUAUUUAAAGCUCGAAAUCAAGUAUUUUUGAACUGAAACGAAAACUGAUUUUUUUUAUAAGAAAAUUAACUAGAAUUAAGAUCCAUGAGCAUUAAGGAAGUGAUUUUUAAGUAUGGGGUGAAUAAAACAAACAGUACUAUUCAUAAUUAUAUUUUUAUUUAUAAAAAAAAUUACAAAUUAUGUUCCAUUGUAGAAAUUAAUAAAUAAAAAUGCAGAAUUACUUAACAAUUUGUUAAAAAUAGCUAAGAGAGGACGUAACGUUGUCUUUCUUUUCGUUCACGGGAAAAUAAAAAGAAAUUUUGAUGUAAUUAAUGUGAU